CUUCUUUGUCCCUCUUUCAGAGCUGCAUACCUCUUGGGCUUUUCUGCACUCCGGCCCUCUAAGCUUAUUCUGCAUUGGAAAUCCUUGUAUCUUCUUACAAAGUAUUUUUUUGGAUUUUGGAGUCUUCCUGUUGCAUCUCAUAACCUGAAUUAGCAAGCAGCCUAGUCGCUUACAAGAUCCCGGUCGCGAGCCCGCUAAAAGAUGGACUAUCUAUGAACAGCAUUGAACCCAUCAAGUCCGACCGCGAGCCGACUGGCGCAACAUGGAGGACAUCCGACCGACCGCGAGGUGGGCAAACCGCAUGUUGCGCCCUUUGACCUCCGUCUACCACCGAUUAGAAAAGCACCACGAGAUCCGUGCUAGUGUCGCGGAUGCGAAAACGAAAGUCAAUGCUGGCAACGUCAGCAUAGAGCGCAAAAGUGUUCCGUCGAACCGAACCAGUCAACCCGCGACCGACCAAGGCUGUACCUACCCGGACGAAGAGCCUGACGAUCCCGCCUGGAUUCCCGGGCGACCCCCGAGCCGCCGGAUUCGACACAAUUACUCGACUCGGGGGCAGAGGAAUGGCGCGCGACGACGGACUCGAGUGACAAUUCAGAGCCCGGAAGCGCAGCGGACGUUGCCUGGCGCGAUUGAGAUCGCGACUCCCUUGAUUACCGGAAGAUCCCACGGGUCGUUGGACGCCUCCUCGUCCAUCAGGAAACAGCUCUUCCGGAACGUCAUAUCGGCCACUGGCGGUGGGGAGGCUAGCGACAAUCGCAAAGGCACUCGCUCCAACAAUAGCAGUUUCCCCGCCUAUCAAGGUUCCUGGAAAGAGGUACUCGAUAUCUGUGGGAACCCGGGAUUUGUGGAUAUCGCGCGCUAUUUAGAUCAAGUACUUCUUAAGUUUUUGAAUAACACCCGCGAAACCCCGACAGUUAUACCUCAACAUGCACACAUGACACGCGGACCGCGGUCGCUGAUGUCGGCCGCACUGCGCCGCCUUCCGGAGUUUAUUGCAGAGGAGCAGGUGUUACAAGAUGAGAUCGAGGAAGACGGGGAGGUUGAUAUGUGCGAUGCUUACUUCACUGAGCUUGAGGCCUUCUAUGCGUCCAACGACAACGGGUGGCAGCCGCUGCGCGAAGCAGCGCGCGCACGAGGUAUCCAUUUGAUCUCGGAAAUGAUCCGGAGAGGAUGGAUUCCGAGAUUGGCCGCCUGUCGCUUGCUCCAAGUGUGCUUGGAAAAUGAUGAAUUCGAUGCUUUUGAAUCUUUGUUAUCUCGUUGCUUGCUUGAUGUGGCCACCUACGUGUAUCCUUCGGCCUUUGAACCAUCCAAAGCUAGUGACUAUCGCGAAGACCCUAUUCGGGUGCUGCGUGUUUAUUACUCGCGCGUCCCUUCGCGGCGAUCCUUCUUCUACGAUGAAUUGGCGAAGCUUCUCACGCGAGGGGUGUUCCCUCCUGAAUGGAUGGUCACCAGCCUAUGGAAGAAGUGCGUUGAUGGUGCGAUCCAAUCGGUAUCUGCCGGAGACGGGGAUUCCGCGGCUGCGACCAAAGCUGUUGAGGCCAUCGUCCUUGCGUCUGCUGGCAUUUACUCGAACACAGGUGCGAUUUCAGCUCGUUUUGAAGGCCCACCUGCGCAGCGCUCUGUCAGACCGAAGGACACACGUGCGUCCACAACGAAUGCGAGUUCAUUGCUUGAAAGCCGGGCUCCAUGCCCCGUUCCUAUCCAGGACGCGUUGAGCAAUCUCAUCGCUAGUCUUGUGACCGCGCUAUGCGGCAUGUGCAUUACACGCACGCAAGCAUCUGGGCCUGAUGAAAGGACAAGCGGGCUCAAAAUCCGACAAAUGGUUACGCGCUUCGCAUUUAACGUUCAAAGGGCCAUUGGGAUUGUCUCGACACCUGAGGAGAUCCAAACACUGGGACUACAAUCCCUCCGUCGCGGAUAUGUCCUGUUGGGCGAUUUUAUACUACAGGCUAAGCAAGACCUCCCGUACGAUCUGAUUGUGUACUCUGAUGCAUUGUCAGAACAACACAUAAAUACAUUUUGUCUAUCAUUGGCUGGGCAGCAGGAUACGAUCAAGGAGCUAGCCGAGUUUGUUCAACAAGUUUUUCAUUGCUGCGGGCAUGCGCGUAAAUCCGAGCCGACUCGCACUCCUCGGGAGAUCAAAGACACGGUCACACGACUCGCUCGGCUGACGUCUUUGGCCGGGGUGUCUCUUCUGCUGGAUAAAGUUGCAGCCGAAACCGCGAUGUUACUGGCGGAGAUGACUCUGGACGAGGAUGACCACGUAUGGGCAUUAGAGAUGCAAGGUGAAGCUAUCUCAUCACAGCAGGAGCAGAGGGCGGCGACACGGCCUACUGCAACGAGUGAAGCAUUUGCCGGCCAGCCCAGCGAUACUUAUCGAUGGGAGGAUAGUAUUGGAGAAUGGGUCGCGAACACACCUGCCUCCAAACGCCUGGCCGCCCGGCCGAAACUCGCGUCGAAUCUUGACUGCUCAACGAGCAGUAGCGCUUCGGCCAGUCCAGCUCCGUCCGAGACGAUGGCUUCCAGCGUGACAUCAUCUGCACCAUCGUUGACCGGCAAGAGGGAGCGUGCUCAGCAGGACUUGGAAGUGCGGUCGCCCAAACGACUUCGAUCGACCUCGCUGAAGAUGACGAGAGGAGGCUCUGGCGCUACGUGCCACGAGCCGGAACGGCCAGGCGAAUCAGAAUCUGCACCUGUAGCCGCCCGGACUCGCACGGCUCUCCGCGACCUGUCCCAGGCCAAGAACCGCAUGAUCCAAUCAUCUCGAACGCGAGUAUCGACCAUCGGCAGCAAGGAUCUGACCCCUGUUACGAGUGGUUGUAGGACAGUCCACCCCUUGCCCCAGAUCGAAGUGGUUAUCGUCAACAGCUUUGCUCCUGCAGUUGACACGACAAGGACUCAACCAGAUGCCGUGCUAGUCUGCAGAAAAUCGGCACGAUUAGCUCGAGCCUCAAUCUCUGCUCCCGUCCCCGCCGUCACCCCUACGGCCAUUGCGACCGAGUCGAACAGAAGAACGACUCGACCUCGUCGCGCACGACUACCACCGCCGCCGGCGCCGGUGAUGUCCUAUUUCGAUGAGGACAGCGACGAUGAGCUCAGCUUUCUGGCCUAAAUCGUAGCCUCUUGUGUUAGUAUUUUAGUACCGUUUGUUCUACACGGAUUUUUCAGGGUGCGCAUGCAUCGUCGGGCAUGGCGGGCAGUUUAUUAGGAAGUUCUUCGGUUCAGGUUUAGUUUAUAGUUUUCUGGAUGAUACCCGGGGCGAUUGGGAUGAUGCUUUUGAUUGUUGAGGAUUUGUUUGGAGGGACUGCUUGAUUGUUUGUUGAUAGAGUAAAUCAAGGGUUUGUGGAAUCAACUUGGCACCGAAAGGGUUUCAUUUAUCAUAAGCAUGGCUGGCAUCAUUGAUGGCGGUUCGAGAUCCGGUUUCGAAUAGAGCAGAUACACAUAGAAGAGAGACAUUGAUUAAUGCGCUGUAGUUAUUCUUGGACUCCUGGGGGUCAUGAGUUGAUGGAGUAUUCCGUCCUUUUGUCGACUCCCCGAAUUCUUUAUCCGAGUGGAACGGGGGAUGCCAACUGGAAAAGGUUAGAAGUGUUUGAGAUGG